UUCAGCUUGGCAGUGCAAAGGAGCAGACGCCAGUUUUGGAGCGUGCGGAGAGAUCUGUUGCUGCCUGAGUCGAUCCGUUGCGUCGAGUAUUUUUUUCUCGUUUUGCAUUCGAUACUUGCUAGUCAAAUAUCUCUGCGAGUGAAGAAUAAAUUUAAAAAAAAUUGCAUGAGUUCAGUGAACGAGUUCGUUGAGACGACGCAUUGUAAAUGUAUAAAAAAAAAGUGUGAUUAUUAAAAUUCACCCGCAAUAAAUAAAGAGUCCAAAAAAGCCGAUAAGAGUGACGUUGUUGGAGCGAACGCGCGAGUGUAUGUGUGUGUGUAUUGGAGCAGCGCCACAAUCUCACAUGUUGCACGCGAACCAGCGAUCUAUCAUGGUUGCAGACGCGCCUCGUCGCUGAUUCGCUCUCUACCAAAUCACGUGAUACAUGGUAAUAGAAGUUCAAGUGGGCGGAGCAUAGUGAUAUCGUUCUCUCUCUCUCUUUCUCUUUCUAUCUCUCUCUCUUUCUCUUGUGCUUGGUUUCGGUGCGAGGCAACAUUUUGUAGAACAGCGUCGAAAUCAUAUGUGAGACCGUGUCCGUAAUAGCUACUUGCUUCGGAAUAGUGAGACGGCCAGUAAGUGAGAUUCAGUGGAACAUCAAUGUGCUUCAGUAAUAUUUUAGUAAUUUUUAAUCACUCUGAUUCAAAAAUAUUUCCCGGAGAAAUCAGUUGGUUUUUGUUAGUUCACGCAGUGCUGUGAGUGUUGUGUUGAAACGUGUGUAACGAUCUCCAUAAUUGAAACUGUCUUCAGUUGAUCUUAGUUUUACUAAAGCUAUUUGCCGAAGCGAUUGAACCGAGAGGAUAAAAAAGUCAUGAGCUCGUUUUUAGUGAAUCCGUCUUCGGGUGGUGCCUACCACCACCAACCGGGACAUCAACAAGCGAUAACGCAUCAUGCGGCUGAAGAUUUUUUUCCCUCGCAUCUCACUCAAAAUUUUGGGGACUUCGCUGGAACGAGUCACCAUUUGAAUCAUCAACCGUCUCAGUUUCAAUACGGAUAUGCCACCCAUCAACAAACGGCAGGCGGUGCCCAUUAUGGAGCUGGGGCUACCAUGCCGCUGAGCCCAUACCAGUACGGUACAUAUUAUAGCUCUCAUCACGCCCAACAAGUUUCUACGAUGCAUCACACGAGUAUGAUGCCGCAUCAUCAACAAACAUCAUUGUCAAUGUCACCGCCAGUGCAACAAACAUGCCCUACAGGAAUGCAGCAACAUCAGCAUCAGCAACAACAACCACAGCAGCAGCAGCAACAGCUGCAACAUUUAGCUGCUUCAUCGGUAUUGAACACACCGACGGUAUCGCCGGUGCUGAUGUCGAAUCAUGCCCAAACGAAAAAUAUUCAAAAUCAUAGUCAGCAACAGUCCCAGUCGAUGGACGGCAAAGUUUGCAGCCCAAACGGUGCGAUGCACACGUCGUCUCGUUCGCCGGAAUCACAGUCUCAACAAGUUCACCAGCAACAAUCGCAUCAGCAGCAGCAGCAGCAACAACAGUCGCAACAAAACCUCCUCGCGGCUCAACAGCAGCAGUCCAUGCAAAACAGCCAACAGUCGUCGAAUAUAAGUCAACAACAACAACAACAAGCACAGCAGCAAACUUUGAACUCGCUUCAGCAGCACGCGAUUCUACAAGCUGCCCAAAUGACACAGAGCCAAAGUCUUCCCAGAUCAUCGACUAUAUCGGAUCUGUCGGAUCAAGAUGAUUUGGAUGACGAUGAUAUGUUGGAUGGUACGACCGAGAUGGGCGAGGACGACGAAGAAGAAGAUGAAAAUGGCGACAGAGUCAUAUACCCCUGGAUGAAAAAAAUCCAUGUCGCUGGAGUCGCCAAUGGAUCGUUCCAACCUGGCAUGGAACCAAAGCGCCAGCGAACGGCCUACACAAGGCAUCAAAUACUCGAGCUAGAAAAAGAAUUCCACUAUAAUCGUUAUCUGUCCCGCAGACGACGCAUCGAAAUAGCUCACACGCUCGUUCUUACGGAACGCCAGAUAAAAAUAUGGUUUCAAAAUCGAAGGAUGAAGUGGAAGAAAGACAACAAGUUACCUAAUACGAAAAAUGUCCGUCGAAAAGUGGCCAACGGCCAGCCAACGUCGCCGACGAAAAAAUCCAAGUCUUCGAAAAAUAACAAUAGCGCGCAAAGUAAAAAUCAAAAUCCACAAGUUUCGCCGCAAAGUAUGGACAGCGGAGUGGAAGAAGGCAUUGGUGGAAAUAUGUCGAAUUUAGUCGACGGCCAGCACGACGUCAAACCUGCUCCACAAAACGAUGGAUUCGUGCCCCUUAUGAACAGUUUCCAAAAUCCUCAAAAUCCACUGGCUCAUUUGCAAGCACAAUUGAGCCAGUGUCCGUUGAUGGACGCGCCUACGAACAUGGUACAUAUGGGGUCCGGCAGUGUCAAUGCAUUGGUCCCGGCAAAAACGAGUCCCCAUGGGAUCGAGUCGAACAUUUCUCCAAUGGCUGUAAAGUCCGACUAUGGGCUUAUGGCGCUGUAACAGAAAAUCGAAAAUUCAGAGGACUUUUUAGCCCGAAAUCGUUUCGAUACUUACAUGGAUAUUUUCUUAAGAAAAUUGGAUGAAGAUUUGUCCGAAAAUGAUGUAUGCCGUGAAAGCAGAUAUCUUUAAUAGUAUUCACGUUGAGCGGUACAUGCAUCGAAAGUUUGCUGUUUCUGUACACCAACAAUGAACGUUAUUGCAUUGUACGUGAAAAAAAGCAUCAUAUUAGUCAGAAUAAAAUCAAAAUAAAAGCACGAGAUGAUGUUCAGUUCGUUGAAAAAGUUUCAAAAAAAUUUCCUAAACUUUUACUGAACAUCCUCUACAGCUAUGUAUAUAGAACUUUGUUAUAAGAUGUACAUAACGAUUAAUUGUACAAAAAUUGUUGCCGUGAUUUCUUAGAAUUUUUUUAUUCCUCAUAACCCUGUAAGCGAUGAAUGUUUAGUGAAACUAUGCUAUAUAGAUAUCAGUAAAAAUAAUACUAUUUCAAAUUAAUGCGAUAAAAAACAAAAUUAAUGAAAAAUCGUCUUUAAAAGUACAGUAGUUUCGCUAUAGGAUAAGUGUCUAAGAAAAUUUAAAGUGGAUGAACAUUUCAGUUUGAUGUUAUCGAUUAUGUUUCGAACUUUUUAUCUUUUUCAUCCAAAACGUUCCACUUCAAAAUUAUAAUGAAAUUUAUAAUGUUACUUAUUACGACACUUAUUUUAAUAUUUUUUGUAUAAAGUAUAGUAUUAAAAUGUAUACUGUGACGUGUAUUACGAUGUAAGUUACUACGGUGUUUCAUUAUAACAAAUAAAUUGUGGUCAAAUAUAAGUUAAUUCAAAUAAAACAUCAUUCAAUCCUGA